AUGCCGAAGAAUAAUCGACCUGCGACGUCUGGUUAUGCCCGUUUGGCCCAAGAGGAGGAGGAGAGACAUAACGAUCCCUACGAAUAUUCGGAUGACGAUGACUUGUACAACACUUCCAGCACGGCAAAUCCCUAUGGUACACAAUAUGAACCCAUUUCGACUCGAGCCUCGAUGCCGCCCGGGUCGGGGACGCCCCCAGAACACCGACGGAGAUCGAGCGGGCACCACCGUCGAGGGCGGCGCAACUCGGCAGUGGAUAUUAAAGCGAUAAAUGCACGUCUCGAGCGCUGGGCGGAGGAAUUUGCCUCGAAAUUCAAGAUCCACCGUGUGAAAGGAAAGACACUGGAGGAGGAGAAGCUGGAAAUCUAUCACUCUGUUUUCCAGCCUCCGCCUGGUAUCCAACCGAUUACGGCAGAGGAGCUGGACUCAGAGGAGGCCGAAACUGCUACAAGGAAGGCUCGAGAUGGGUUCGAGGAGGUUGUGGAGAGUGUGCGGUUGGCCAUAGAACUGGGGGUUCACCCGCGCAUGAUUUCCCAAGGCAGUUCGGGGAGUUACUUUGCGCGCAAUGGUCAAGGCAAAGUUGUCGGCGUUUUCAAACCCAAGGAUGAAGAGCCCUAUGCCUCACGCAAUCCCAAAUGGACCAAGUGGAUACAUCGGAAUCUAUUCCCUUGUUUCUUUGGCCGUGCCUGCUUGAUUCCUAACCUCUCCUACGUGUCCGAAGCCGCCGCCUAUGUGCUCGACUCUCGUCUCCGUACCAACAUGGUCCCUUACACCGAUAUAGUGUGGCUGUCUUCCAAGUCGUUUUAUUACGAUUUCUGGGAUCGAAGAAAGGCCUGGAUGGGCAAGAAAGCGCUCCCUCAUAAGGCGGGCAGUUUUCAGGUUUUCCUUAGGGGCUACAGAGAUGCCAAUCUCUUCCUCCGAGAGCACCCGUGGCCCGACCAGACGAAUACCGGUUUCCGUGCCGAGGACGCGCCGAGACGCAAGAAACGACCUUGGAAUGAGGCUUGCCGACCGUCUGGGAUGCAGUCCGACGAUGAAGACGAGGAAGAUGACAUGGAAGACUAUGCUCGCACGCCGUCCCCACAAGAAGAAAACCAGGAACGGCGGUUUUACUGGACCGAAACCCUCAAACAAUCUUUCCGAGAAGAGCUGGAAAAACUAGUUAUUCUGGACUACAUCAUGCGGAAUACGGAUCGUGGUCUGGACAACUGGAUGAUCAAGAUUGAUUGGAAGACGGAGGAUGUCUCGAUCGUUACAGAGCCUCCUAAGCAAAACCAAAACGAAAACCAACAGGACGACGACGAUUAUUUGGUACCACCACGCCCGGUUUCGGUGAACUCGGACAAACCGCGCUCUCCUUCAUACCCAUAUCGACGACACGAGACGAUGCAGGCUGUAAGCCGCACGGGAACGCCCUUGAAUUCCCAGGAGGCCCCGGCGACUAUCCAGAUUGGCGCCAUCGACAAUAGCUUGUCAUGGCCAUGGAAACAUCCCGAUGCUUGGCGUAGUUUCCCUUUUGGCUGGUUGUUUUUACCGGUUUCUCUCAUCGGGCAGCCAUUCUCUAAGAGAACUCGAGACCAUUUCCUGCCACUAUUAACCUCGACCGCCUGGUGGAGUGGCACGCAGAUGGCUUUGCGACGUGUGUUUUCGCAGGACGAUGAUUUCAAGGAAAGCAUGUUUGCGAGACAGAUUGCCGUCAUGAAGGGCCAAGCGUGGAACGUAGUGGAAACACUAAAACACUCUGAUCAUGGCCCGCUUGAGCUUACGCGGAGAACCCGCGUUUGUGUUUGGGACGACCUGGUAGAUGUCCCUGUUGCCAUCCCUCUUCGUGGGCCGUCAACGGAGGCCCAGCGACGUAAAGUCAGAACUUACGACGACCGCUACGACGCCGACAACGAAGAAAUGGAUAUUGGCGCUGCUAUGGCUGACCAAGACUUGAUGGGACUUGCUUCCCCCCCGAGCGACCUUCCCAACCCAAAUCGGUUCGAACUCAACCGAGCCCAUGGAUCUCAGGAUUCUGGACGCCCUCAAACUGCUAGCACCACAGACUAUGGGUUUAGCCGCGGCAGUACCGAUGCAUCUAGUUCAAGGAAGAAUGGUGGCGGAAACUGGCCGUCACUUCCACCCCGACCUGGUAACAAACAUCAGAAACACAGCUCCCUCUCCAGCGCACGAGGUCAAAUAAUCUGGAGCAGUGACGAUUUGGAAGGCGACCUCGGUUAUGCGGCCGCCGAGGGCAUGGAAGGAAACCAGCGCAAAGUCAUCGUUGAACGAUUAGAGGCUGUCAAGAGUAAAAACCCUGUUUUUACGUGGUGCUAA